CAGCAGCCGUGCGUGCGCUAGAGUGUGGGGCGGUUGCCCGGUCCCGCCCCCAAGAGGCAGCCCCGGCUGGCCUCCUCAUCUUGGCUUUCGCGCUGCGCCGCAAUUCUCUCUCUUCUCUUCUGGAGCUAAAGCCAGCGCGAGAUGUGUGCGGCGGCUGCUGCUGCUGCUGCUGCUGCUGGGCUGGCCAUGGAGGGUCAGGGGCUGCCGCCGCGCGGACCACGGAAAGAAUGCCACGCGGGGAGGGGGAGACGCCAGUGGCGGUUGGCGGCGCCAGCCUCCCGACGGUCGGCCCUGGGCUCGCUGUUGCUGCUGUUGCUGGCGGCGACGAUGAGCGACGAGGCGGGUGCCGCGGAGGCCACCCAGGGCUGGGGAGACGAGAAGUGCCACUACUACGCGGGGGGCGAGGUGUACCCAGGGGAAGCAGGGCGGAUGCCCGCCACCGACCACUCCCUGCACCUCAGCAAGGCCAAGAUUUCUAAACCGGCACCCGACUGGGAAGGAACAGCUGUCAUCAAUGGAGAGUUUAAAGAGCUGAAGUUAAGCGAUUAUGAAGGGAAAUACCUUGUUUUUUUCUUUUAUCCUCUUGACUUCACAUUUGUGUGUCCAACGGAGAUAAUUGCCUUCAGUGACAGAAUUGAACAAUUCAGAGCAAUAAACACUGAACUCGUAGCUUGUUCUGUGGACUCGCACUUCACUCACUUGGCAUGGAUUAAUACUCCACGAAAACAAGGGGGACUUGGACCAAUAAAGAUACCACUUCUUUCAGAUUUGACACACCAGAUUUCAAAAGAUUAUGGAGUUUAUCUGGAGGACCAAGGCCAUGCUCUUAGAGGUCUUUUCAUUAUUGAUGACAAGAAAGUUCUUCGACAAAUAACAAUGAAUGAUCUUCCUGUGGGCAGAUCUGUAGACGAGACGCUUCGUUUAGUACAAGCAUUCCAGUACACUGACACACAUGGAGAAGUUUGCCCUGCUGGUUGGAAACCAGGUAGUGAAACGAUCAAACCUGAAGAUGCUAUGAGAAUGUGGUGGUCAAAAGAAGAGCUAUAAUUCCAGAUCCUGCAGGAAAAUUGAAGUAUUUUGGGAAAGUGAACUGACUGUUUUCUUCUAAACACAGAACUAAGAAGCUGCCAAUAAAGUUCAUUUAAUUUUGAUACUUA